ACUCGAAGCGAACGGUCGCAUGCUGCGUGAGAAUUAGCACUCAAGUUUAAUCCUUUAGGGCCCCAAAAGUGUCCUUUUAAAAAUCAAGAAAAACUUGGUGAAAAAUUUGUGCUAGAAGUUAAAAAAUAAUCCUUCGAUUAGUGCGCAAAAAGAAAAGCGGAAUAUUAUGAGUAUGCCAAUAUAGAAUUAUCGCGAUCGGAGUGCUAAUAAAUUAUUUAAAAAACCCAGAAUCAAACUAAAUACAAAAGAAAACACAAUAUUAAAAUAUGAAUCUCGUAAUGUGCAAUCUCGUGCUGGCGCUCAUCGCCAUAACAGCUUUGAAGACGACACUCGCCUAUUCCAGUUUUUCGACUGACAACAUAAAUAUCAAUUAUUUCGACGUGCGGAAUUCGACCUUGCCCAUGACCACCACCCAUCCACACACCAAUCGUCCUCUUGGUCGCUACAUCCUCCCGCCCCGGGAUAACGAGCAGUCCUCCGACUACGACCAGUACUCCGAGGACUCGGCGGCGAUCCAGAGGGACAGGUCGUACCUGAUCCGGUUGAUCCGCAGGCGCGUGCCCCGCGAUCAGGCCCCCCAGCAAGUGAUUCUUCAGGGCCGCAUUCUCAGUGGCGUCCACUGGGGGCAGGGCGACGACAAUCACCUUGACUCCGAUGCCGGCGGCGAUGGGAGCGAUGACUAUCCAUCGGAUCAGCCGGUCAAUUACACAACGUUGAAAGGUCGAAUCGCAGAACAGAACUCGGUUAAAGAGCUGAGGAAAUACAACAUUACUCGCACCAGGGAGCUCAACAAAAUGAUCGAGGCUCAUCUACAGCUGAUGGCAAGGGAGGGUAUCUGCAAGGUGCCGCGCCCGGAGGUGGUCCACAUCACGAGGGAAACGAACACGGUCUACUCACCGCGUGCCACGAUCCUGCACAGGUGCAGCGACAAGGUCGGAUGCUGCGAGGCGGGCUGGACGUGCCAAAUGAAGAGGAACGAGACGGUGGAGCGGGUGUUCGCCAAGGUGCACGGCCGCUACUCGGAGCCCUUCGUUGUGCCGAUGGAAAAUCACACGGAAUGCGGAUGUGUGAAGGUGGAAACGCGUCGCAAACGGAGUCCCAUUUGCCUGUGCCCCAAGCACUUCAAGGACUUCAGCUGGACGGGAUCGCAGGAGGAGCACCAGCAUCUGGAGCUGCAUCUGGGGGAGCGGAGGGAGCAGCGCUGCCGAUGCGACUGCCACCUCAGCGACGACACGUGCAAGAGGCUGAAGAACGGCGUUGAGGGAUUCUCGGUGAUGGAGCGACGACGCAUUCAAAGUGGAGAAGUCAGUCCGCCGUUCUGCAAUUACGGGGCGUAUGAUGUGAGGAACGGGCGAUGUCCGCGUCCGGGACUUCCGAAUCGGAAUCCGAAUCUGCAACCGUAUUUUCAGGCGAGGCGUCAACAUGGAAAAAGCUAAACCAAAUUCCCAUUGAAAUUGAUUGAAAACCCAGAACUGUGCACGAGCUGAAAUCAAACUAUAUACAACUGGAUUCUAUGACCAGUAACGAUGGAAGUUCGUGCUAUGCUAGUAACACUGUGGUUAAAGAUACGCGAUGGCCAUAGAACAAAGAAAUCCAGAACUGAUCGUUUGGAUAUGUGGGCCAACUAAAGGCAUACUAUGUUUGGUUGUUAGUAUUACGAGUAAUAAUAUUAUAAUAUUAAAGACGGAUUCAAAUUAAUAUUUGGACCAAGUGAUUACUUUACAGCAAAUAAACUUAAAAUGUACUCUUAA